AUGUUUUGUUUCCCAUAGCAAAGAAGAAGAAGCAUUUGCAGAAGCAGCAAAACUUAGUCUGAGCUGAAAAAUGGCCUCUUCAGUGAUGGCAUCUGUGGCCCUUAAACCUGCCCCUUUCACUGUUGAGAAGUCCUCAGUCAGAGGACUUCCCUCCCUUUCAAGGAACUCCUCUUCAUUCAGAGUUGUGGCCAGUGGUGGCAAGAAGAUCAAGACUGACACGCCCUAUGGAAUUAGUGGUGGCAUGAACUUGAGGGAUGGACUUGAUGCAUCUGGCAGGAAAGGAAAGGGAAAGGGUGUGUACCAAUUUGUUGACAAAUACGGUGCUAAUGUUGAUGGAUACAGUCCUAUCUAUGACACAAAGGACUGGUCCCCAACCGGUGAUGUCUACGCUGGAGGUACGACUGGUUUGGCUAUCUGGGCUGUAACUCUACUUGGUCUGCUAGCUGGUGGUGUACUUCUUGUCUACAACACAAGUGCUUUGGCACAAUAGACUUUGCAGAUCCAUGUUUAUUUUACAACUUAGUGCAUGUACCUAUUUAAACUUCAAGAAUACUUCAUCAACUACUUUGUGGAUAUGUGAUAUUCCUUCUGUUCUAUAAAUGCUUGGAUGUGAAAA